AUGCCCAAGAACACAAUUGAUCAAUUUAUAUCCAACGUGGUAGAUAAACCACAUGUUUUCUUUGGCUCCAAUCAAAAAAUUGUGGAUAAUGCUCUACAAGUAGCCAAGCAUUUCUACGACAAUGUCAAGAAAGUGGAACAAGUUCAGUUCUCUCCCUUUACCGAAUUAUUAACAGAAGGCUUCGAUAAUGAUCAGAUUUGGGAAGAAAUUGCAUCUCAAAAUGAACCCUUUUUGGACUUUGCAAAGACAGCUCUGAAAGAAUUCUCAAAAAAUCCUUCCUCUACUACACGAAAGCAAUCAUUUACUGACGACGAUGACGAAGAGAGCUUAUCAGGACAUUCCAUGGAUUUGGAUCAAGCAGAGGAUGACGAUGAGGAAGCAGAUCAUGGCUUGGAUUUCAUGGAUCAAGAUAUGGAAACAGAUCAAGAUGAGGAAGAGAAUGAUGAAGAGAUGCAAGAGGAUAGCAAUGACGAAGAUGACGAUAAGGAUGCCGUUGAGCCCGAAGUUGUGGACGCACCAAAGAGCUCUUCUAAAAAGACAUCUGAAGUGGAUGAUGAAUUCUUCAAUCUGGAUGAAUUUAACAAAUGGACCGAUAAACAAGAAGAAUUAGACAUGAUGUCGGAUCGUGAGGAUCAAGAUGACGAAUUCGAUUUUGAUAAAGAUUUAGACGAACAAGAAGAUUCUGAUGAGGAGGAAGAUGAUACAGAAGCUGCCACAGAAAUGUUGUAUGAAGACUUUUUCGGAGAAAAGCCCAAAAUGAAUGCCAAGCCCUAUACACCCAAGAAGAAGCAGAUUGAAUAUGAAGAAGAAUUAGUGAAUUCAGAGGAAGAGGAUGAAGAAGAAGCAGAGGAGGAGGAAGAGGAAGAGCAAGAAGAUGGACCUGUGCGUGAUCUUUUUGGUGCCGACGACUCUGAUGCCGAGGAAGGAGAGAGCGAAGAACAAUCAGCAUUCCAAAAGCAACAAGCCAGACUCCAAGCGCAAAUUGAAGAGUUUGAAGAUGAGAAUAUCCAAGACAAGCACUGGACAUUGCGUGGUGAAGCUACAGCCAAAGCCAGACCUGUCAAUAGUUUAUUAGAAGAAAACCUUGAGUUUGAGCAUGCCAACAAACCCGUCCCUGUCAUUACACAAGAAUCCACAAACACAUUGGAAGACAUGAUCAAGAAGCGUAUCUUGGAUAACAUGUUUGACGACGUGGAGCGUAAAGUGGACCCCACAUUACGGCCCUUUAUCCCAUCAAAGCGAGUGGAGAUCAGUGAUGAAAAGGCCAAGCAAUCGUUGGCUGACAUGUAUGAAGAUGACUUUGUCCGCAAACAAGCUGGUGAAGAAAAGAAGGAUGCUCGUGAUGAGGCAUUAGAAAAGGAGCAUGAUGAAAUCAGCGACAUGUUCAAGACGUUGUGUCACAAAUUAGAUGCACUCUCCAACUUCCACUACACACCCAAGGCAGCCAAACCAGAGAUGACCAUUGUCAGCAAUUCUGCAGCCAUCAGUAUGGAGGAGGUCACACCUGUAAAUGUGUCUGAUGCAACAUUACUAGCACCUGAGGAAGUCUAUGAUAAGAAACGUGGUGAUGUCAAGGCUGCAACUGAGAUGGAUCAAGAUGAACGUAAGCGCUUGAGAGCUCAAAAGAAGAAGCUCAAGAGAAAGGAGCGCGACAUGAAGGAGAGAGAGCAAAAGAUCAUGCAGAAAUACAAUCCUCAAAUGGGUUCCAGACAAGCAAAGACCAAGGCUGUCAAGGAGCUAUUGGGACAAAAGAAUGUUACAGUCAUUGGCAAAGAUGGUCAAAAGAAGACUACAACAAAGCAAGUUACCUCUGCUUCACUGUUUUAG